AUGGGCAACAAUACCAAAUUCACUUAUUUUCAUAUUUUAGCAUUUUCCAGAGAAGGAGAGAAACAGCCAACACUUUUUAUCACCUUUUUCUUUGUGUACAUGUUUGGAGUGUUGGGAAAUCUGAGUAUAAUCGCAGUUACAUGCAAUGAUGUUCACUUACACACCCCUAUGUACUUUUUACUUGCCAACCUGUCUUUUAUAGACAUUUGUUACACCACAACAACUCUCCCAAAACUACUGCACAUCCUACUUACUGGCAAUAACAUCAUCUCUCUCCCAGAGUGCUUCACUCAGUUGUUCUUCUACACAAUGUUCGCUCAGAGUGAAAUUAUCUUGCUGGCUUUCAUGGCAUAUGACCGCUAUGUUGCUAUCUGUGAUCCUUUGAAAUAUCACCUCAUAAUUAACAUAAAAAAGUGUGCUCGGAUUUUGGCAGGAAUCUGGGCAUCUGCAUUUCCAAAUGCUCUUAUAGCUUCUUCGAUUAUUUCACAGUUACAAUUUUGUGGUCCCAAUACAAUUAACCAGUUCUUCUGUGAUGGCAAAUAUAUGGCAAAAAUCACCUGUGAGUCAGUAGGCAUCAACUUUUGCAUGUUAUUGGGGUCAGUGAUUUAUGGAGUCCUCCCGUUCCUGAUCUGCUUAGCUUCUUAUACCAAAAUAAUCCAUAGCAUUGUACUGAUAAAGUCUGCAACUGGUAGGAAAAAAGCCUUCUCCACUUGUUCCUCCCAUCUUACCGCCCUCCUUCUGUUUUAUGGAACUGCAUCAUGGAUGUACAUGGCACCAGAAAACUCACAGCAACUAGACCAGAUAAUCACAGUGAUUUUUACAGCCUUAACUCCUAUGCUGAACCCCCUAAUAUACAGUCUCAGGAAUAAGGAAAUACAGAGAGCAAUGAAGACACUAUUUUCAAAAUAA